GCGUACAUGCGCUGGCUGGGCCCGGCAGCAGCGCUGAGAGGGGCUGAAGAUGGCAGCUGAGCCUGGCACUACAGCGGUGAGGGAGCAGCACAGGUUUGACCAGGGAGCCCUGGAGAAAUACCUCUCCCGCCAUUUGGCCGGGUUUCCUGUGCAGCCCCCCGAAGCGCUGACAGCCAGGCAGUACAGCUCAGGCCAGUCCAAUCCAACCUUUUACUUGCAGAAGGGUUUUAAGACAUAUGUGCUUAGGAAGAAGCCUCAUGGCCCUCUUCUGCCUAAAGCUCACCAGGUUGAUAGAGAAUAUCAUGUGCAGAAAGCAUUAUUUGCAGCUGGAUUUCCAGUCCCUGAGCCCCUACUGUAUUGCAGUGAUGUUUCUGUGAUUGGAACUGAAUUUUAUGUGAUGGAACAUGUACAGGGUCGCAUAUUCCGAGACCUCACACUACCUGAAGUCAGUCCAGCAGAGCGAUCUGCUUUGUAUGUUGCUAUGAUAGAAACCCUGGCCCGGUUGCACUCAUUCAGUUUGCAUUCAUUGGGUCUCCAAGGAUAUGGCAGAGGACCAGGAUACUGUAGGAGGCAGGUUACAACUUGGAAAAAACAGUAUGAUGCAUCUGCUCAUGUAGACAUUCCUGCUAUGAACCAGCUGGCUGAGUGGUUAAUGAAUAACUUGCCAGCUGGUGAUAAUGAAGAAAAUCUGAUUCAUGGAGAUUUUAGAAUAGAUAACAUCAUUUUCCAUCCAAGAGAGGCUCGUGUUGUGGCAGUCCUGGACUGGGAACUUUCAACCACUGGGCAUCUUUUAGCAGAUUUAGCUUAUACUGCUGCAUUUUACUUCUGGCCUAACACAAUUAAACAGUUAGGCCAAGGGGGUACCUUGAGUUUUAGAGAUACUGUAGGAAUUCCAUCACUUGAAGAAUUGAUUUCAAUUUACUGUCGCUGCAGGGGUAUUAGCACAGAUUUACCCAACUUGCAUUUCUUUCUUGCGCUUUCAUAUUUUAAAAUAGCUGGAAUAUGCCAGGGUGUUUAUGCUAGAUAUCUCCUUGGAAAUUCUUCUGCAGAGAAUAGUUAUGAGUUCGCUGAGAUGGUGAAACCCUUGGCAGAAACGGGAUUACUGCUCUCAAAAAGAACUUCUUUCACCAGUGACGCACAACCCAGCAGUACAGGAGAGCUGUUCCAGCAGACUAAAAAAGGCCAGGAGGUUCUGCUGAAGGUGAAGCGGUUCAUGAAGCAGCACGUGUUUCCAGCUGAAAAGGAAGUGGUUGAGUACUAUGCCAGGGAUGAAAAUUCACUGGACAGAUGGACGAAACCUUCAGUGAUUGAGAAACUGAAGGAAAUGGCCAAAGCAGAGGGUCUGUGGAACCUUUUCCUGCCAGCCAUCAGUGGUCUGAGUCAGGUUGACUAUGCAUUAAUUGCAGAGGAGACAGGAAAAUGCUUCUUUGCCCCAGAAAUUUUCAAUUGUCAUGCACCAGAUACUGGAAACAUGGAGGUCCUGCAUUUGUAUGGGUCUGAAGAGCAAAAGAAACAGUGGCUUGAGCCUCUUCUUCAAGGGAAAAUUAGUUCUUGCUUCUGCAUGACAGAGCCCGAUGUUGCUUCGAGUGAUGCCACCAACAUGGAAUGCAGCAUUCAGCGAGAUGGAGAUAGCUAUGUAAUCAAUGGCAAGAAAUGGUGGAGCAGUGGGGCUGGGAAUACAAAUUGCAAAGUCGCAAUUGUGAUGGCCAAAAAUAAAAAUCUUUCUGCAUCCAGGUACAGACAGCACAGUAUGAUCAUAGUUCCACUGGACAUACCAGGCUUGAAACUUAUAAGACCUCUUUCCGUGUUUGGCUACUUGGAUCAGCCCCACGGUGGACAUUUUGAAAUACAUUUUAAUGAAGUGCGAGUACCUGCCUCCAAUUUAAUACUAGGUGAAGGAAGGGGUUUUGAGAUUGCUCAAGGUCGGCUUGGGCCAGGCCGUAUUCACCACUGCAUGAGAUCCAUAGGUGCAGCUGAAUCUGCUCUACAGAUCAUGUGUGAGCGUGCAGCUCAGAGGGUGACCUUUGGGAAGAAACUGUACCAGCAUGAGGUUGUUGCCCAUUGGAUUGCUGAAAGCCGCAUUGCUAUUGAGCAGGCCCGAUUGCUUACACUGAAAGCAGCCAGCAGCAUUGAUACCAAGGGCAGUGCACAAGCAAGGAAAGAGAUAGCUAUGAUCAAGGUGGUUGCACCCAGAGCUGUCCUUAAAGUGGUGGACUAUGCAAUCCAAGUUUGUGGAGGAGCUGGAGUUUCUCAGGAUUUUCCUUUGGCUCGUAUGUUUGCCUUUAUUCGGACCCUACGAAUAGCUGAUGGGCCUGAUGAAGUUCACCUCUCAGCAGUUGCAAAACUGGAACUACGGGACCAAGCCAAGCAACUGACCUCAAAAAUGUAAUAAAGUUUAGUCGAAUUGUACAAUAGCAUUACUUCUGUUUAAGGAAUCUCUCUGAAUGAUUUGGGGGGGCAAUACUGAGGGUAGUUGAACUAAAAUUACCUAUAUUUUUAAUAUUUACCAAAAUGUUAAUUUUCUACAUUCUACACUGAUAAGUUUAAGAGUUCAAGGGUAACUUGAAUUUGUUUUGCUUAGAGGUACCUGAGUCCUAAGCUGCUAAAUAACAUUUUUCCAGUUAAUCUUCCAGCUACUGAUCUGAAAGGUUACUUUAUCAAGCCCUUAGUUGUUAUGUUGUACUGAUGUUCUCUCAAUCAAGGCCUCUAUGAAGCUCUGUCGAACGUUAUGUUUGUGAAAUGGUUUCACUUAAGGACUGCAUCCAGCUAAAGCUUGCAGUUUACUGUUUGAGAUUUCAAGUGUCACUAAUGCAUUGAAUAAGUCUGAAUAAAAGAUUUCUCCCACAACAGUCCAGUGCUGCAGCUUUGCUAAAGGAUCAACAACAGUGUUUAGGGAGACUCCAUUUCUUUUAGUAUCGAAGGGGUAGCCGUGUUAGUCUGGAUCUGUAAAAGCAGCAAAGAGUCCUGUGGCACCUUCUAGACUAACAGACGUAUUGGAGCAUGAGCUUUCGUGAGUGCAUCCGAAGAAGUGGGUAUUCACCCAUGAAAGCUCAUGGUCCUAUACAUAUUAGUCUAGAAGGUGCCACAGGACUCUUUGCUGCUUUUACAUUUCUUUUAGGUCAUUCCUAAAGGCAAAAAUCUUAGAUAAGGGUUGCUCGUAGCACAAGCCAAAAAUGCCUUAAAUCUACCAAACGAUCCAGCUCAUCACUGACAAGUAAUAACUGUCUAUACCUUGUGUAAAGUCGAGUCUGCAGGAGUUGGGGGGAGAGGGGGGGGAAGAGAGAGAAUUAAGGAAACAAGAGAAAGCUCUUGCUUGCUCGCUCUCAGAUUCUAGCCUUGUUCUGGCUGGUUGUAAAGAAACACUUUCUGCAGCUCUUCAGCAGUGUAGUGACAGACAGGCAUCAUAUGAUAUUGAAUAUUGAUUUUACUAUGCAUCACUUAUUAACAUAUCAAGUUUUAGAAGGAACUAUUAGUUAGGGAGCAAGCAUUGCAGGCCACGCAAACUCAGUCCAGAAUGUGGGUAUUCAUUCAGCAAAGCCGCCAUUGCUGCUACUCAUGCUAUUAAGUGUACACUGCUACUUAUACUCUGCUAGCUUGAUGAGUCUAUACACAGGCAGAGGGAUGAUACCCAAGCUUGUAGCAUAGAGGUAGCCAUCCCCUAUGCCAAUGACAUGUGUCUUCAGUAGACCAGAUUGUGACCUCAGCAAAACCAUACCACUGAAUAUUAAAGGACAGAUUCUUUCCUCAUGUGCACGUUUACAGACAAAGGUAAAAUUUCAUCCAUUUUUUAGUUAUGGCCAUAAUAAUGACACUUUACCCAGCUGAACUUAACAAUGAAUAUGGAAGGUCAAUGUUGCUAACAUUGCUAAUAACUGAGGUUAUGCAUAGUGUUUAGCUGUGUAUUGGACUGCAUCGCCACAGCUCCAGGCUGUGGUGACCCAGUACUUUUUUGUAUAAUUAAAAGAUCAAAGGGGCAAUAUAA